CUUCGAUCUUUGUGAUUUCUCAUUUACUUUCUAACAAAAUCGAAAGUUGCAACUUCGCAUAGAGCGACGCGACACGAAGAUCGGCGUCUCGAUACUUUCGGUUUCCCGAUGCUUCGCGAUAAGCGAGUGAAGUGUAGGAAACGAGAGAAAAACGCGCAUUCCGAGUGUUGUUCGCGACCACAUGACGGUGUGAGCCGAGGCCAAGGAUAGUCGCCGGGUCUUGGUUGACCCUGCAGGUUGAGGCACAGUGAUUUCAUCGGAGUGUUAAACGAAGAUCUUCUCGCUAUACUUCGUCCAAGCAGUUUAAAAACCAUUUUCCUAUUUUCAUCGCCAUUUCUGGGUCACACAUCUACUGGAGCUGGUGUGACGCGCGAGUUCCUUCGGCUAUAAACCGAAUAUAAACCAGGUGAAUCCGGAAUCAGGAGCCUUUCAACGCGGAACAGAGUUUCGUCCGUGGUGUUCGCUUGCGAACGAAUCUGAGCGACUAUCAGCUGCUACAUUUUCAAAGAGAAAAAUCUCGCGGACGAACGCGAGCCGGCAAACUCGAAGCGACCUUGAGACAACGUGGAGGAUUUCCCACGAGACCGUUGGUUGCUUGAUCCGCAAAAGAGAAAGUGGACAAAGGGACAGACAUUCUCGCGCUUUCUUUCCUUUCUAUAGACACGUUUAAAUUAUUUUGGAAUAAACUCGGCCGGUUGACCUUUGAACAACGCGAAAGAUGCAAAACGGGCGGUGAGACGGUUUCGGUGUUGGAAGAUACAGAGGAAAAUUAGAAAGCUACAGCGCGAGCAAGGUUGAUCGUCGCGAAGCGAAAGAAGUCUGUGGAGAAACAUGGGGAAGAAGAACAGCAAGCUGAAACAGGAUACCAUCGAUCGACUCACCAAUGACACGUAUUUUACCGAGAAGGAGAUUCGACAAUGGCACAAAGGAUUCCUGAAAGACUGUCCCGAUGGCCUGCUGACGGAACAGGGUUUCAUAAAGAUCUACAAGCAGUUCUUUCCACAAGGCGAUCCAUCGAAAUUUGCCACGCUGGUUUUCAGAGUGUUCGACGAGAACAACGAUGGCACGAUAGAGUUCGAAGAGUUUAUAAGGGCGCUGUCGGUAACGUCGCGCGGCAACCUGGACGAGAAACUUCACUGGGCGUUUCGGCUGUAUGACGUGGACAACGACGGUUUCAUCACGAGGGAGGAGAUGUACAAUAUCGUCGAUGCGAUGUACGAGAUGGUGGGGCAACAGCCGCAGGCGGAGGACGAGAACACGCCACAAAAGAGGGUGGACAAGAUCUUCGAUCAGAUGGACAAAAACCACGACGACAAAUUAACCCUGGAAGAGUUCCGGGAGGGUAGCAAAGCCGAUCCUAGAAUCGUGCAAGCGUUGUCGUUAGGCGGCGAGUAACCUCGAGCCCCGUCGAGACCGCACCGUGCGUCGUCGAUCGUUUCAAGCCGGACGAUCGUCUCGUUACUUCGGUCCGGUCGUCGAAACGGAUAGAGAGAGAAAUCGAUCGCUCGAACAGAUAAGGAAAACGGGCGGCUCGAUAACCAUAAGCACGCAGUCCGGCGUACACGCAUACGUAGGUAGCACAUAAUGCGAAUCGACAUGACGCGAUCCUCUCUCUCCCUUCCUCUCUGCACUUUGUUUGUGCGAACGACAACAGGGACGGACGACAAAAUCAGGAAAAAUCGAGUCCUCGCGAAAUUGACUUUAACACGUUGACUGCCGCGCGUGUUUACAAUGAAAUCUCCUUCGGGCCACGAGUAUGUAUUAUUUUGACCAAAUGGUUUUUUUAUGCCAUCGCAAUUAGAAAAGGAAUCAAAUGGUACUGAAAACUUGGCAUUCAACUCCUUCUGGGAAUUUCUGUUGUAAACGCUUUGACGGUUUACAAAAUUGCAACGAGGAAGCAUGUAAAUAUUAGAAGAUUUAGAGAAUUAUUAGCUGCAAAAUUAUUACGGUUGCCUGAGAAUACAAAAAAUCCUUGUCUUCGAAGGAAUCAAUAGAUGCGCAUGCAAGCUAUGUUACGCACAUAAAAGACACGAGAGAAUUUAAAGAAAAGAAUAACUUACUGUCCAAAAUGUCCCGACAAACCUCAGCUUUGUAUAGAAUACUUUAAAGUUUUACGUUCUAAAUAAUUUUCUUAAUAAACCAUUUCCGUAUUAUUUUUAUAACAAUUCAAUAGUUUUAUUACUUUCUGUGGAAUAUCUUUUCAAAUACCUACGACGAUCCUUCGCAAGUAGUCAAAUAAGCGUCACCCAAAUAUGGGUGACGCGGCUCUAUUAGAAAUUUUGGCGUUAUCCGAACACGGGUAACACGGCCCUACGAGAAACUUUUGGUGUCACCCAAAUAUGGGUGACAUGGCUCCGUUGGAGGCCUUGGUGUCGCCCGAAUACGGGUGACGCGAUUCUAUUGGAAACUUUGCUGUCACCCGAAUAUGGGUGACGCUGCAGUCAACGUGUUAAAAGGCGGAGAUCCGACAUUGCCGAGAUCCUCCGAUCGGUGUACGCUCGACGGAACGCAAAAAGGAAACUAAUUUUCCCGUAGACGCUGGCCGUGUUCUCUGCGUGGAACCUACCACGGCAGUAGAAACAUUAUGGCCACAGGCUGCCAAGCGUAUGAAGAACGAGCGAAUGAUCAAUAGAGCAAAGAAUACGCGUAGAACGAAGGCGACGAUAUUCGUGGAAGGUUUCGAUAUUCGCGAACACGCAGUUUACGUGGCACGAACGAAACGAGAAUUCGAUGGAUUCGCAAACGCGGGGGCGUGGAGAAUUUUGCGAUACUUUGGAAUCGUCGAUUCGAUACCGCGGCAAGCGAGCGUCGAGUGGAAAGCAACCGGAGAAAAAGGAAGGAAAGGUGAAAGAGAGCGGGCAGGAAAUGAUUAAAAUAAGAGGAAAGCGGAAAGGACGAGCGUUUUAUCGACUGGCCGCAUUUCCUCGUCAAAGCGAUUUCUCGUUUCAAUUUUCAAACGCGGUCGGUAGAACGACGCCGCGGAACAGUUCGCCCGGGUUCUCCGAUUCUAACGAACCUUCGAUCCCUUUCGCUCGUCCGACAAUUUCGAAUCGUUGAAAUUGCUUGGCAGAAAAUUUCGCUUGCAGGAAUUCCACCCAGACGGACAAACGAAAAAGUAAGAUAAAUAAAAAGCAUUAAUUAAGAAGGAGAGCAGAAUGUAGGCCGAGAUAAGUUCUCGCGUCGUUUCGAGAAACCAGCUGCGAUCUAAUUGAAACGAAGAAUUCGUGGAUGUCGGGUCGAUAUGUUUCUGAAAAAGUCGAAGCAAUGGCAUGCAACACACGCGACACGACGAAGCGUGAAACGAAGUCUGAAGCACGCGGCUCGUUAGCACGCGUCGACCCUCGUCGUCGAGGUUCGUUACUCUUUACCCUGGAGCCUCCCUAAACACCUGACCCGUUUCAACGUCGUUUCCACGUUAAACGUUCGCCUUCGUGUUUCGACUUGGACGAGCGUACUGGACGCGACCGACGAUGAGCGAUGAUCGUUGGAAUCAAUUUUCUCCGCUGUGUUUCACUGAAAUUGACGACGUUGAUCGCGGAUAGCUGGUUCGCGACCCGCUGCCUACUUUAUUUUUCCAUUAACCCUUUGCACUCUUAUGUCGAGUGUGCCUCGACAUGAGUUUUCAUUUCAGGAGCUCCUUUGUCGAGUCCCACCUCUUUUUGUGAAACGUGCGAAAGAAAAGCAGGAUUGGAUCCUGGAAAUUGUUUCAAGAUAUAUCGUACACUUAAAAAUUACAAAAUACAACAAUAGUGUGAAUAAACUGGUAUUUAAGUGAAUUUCUUUCUUCCUUUAUUUAUUUAAAUUGUCUUAUUUUUUGGUUAAAGUAAAUUUCAAAUGAAAUAAUUAAAAGCGUGGGAGCUGCUGGCAACGAAAUUGAAAUAAAAUUCGGAGUGCAAAGGGUUAACAAGCGACCUUACGCAACAACGCUGUAUGCGAAUUCAGUCGAUAAAUCAUAUUUAUUUUUAACUCAAAUUUACAUAAACCGGUAGCCCUGACCUUUCUCGUUUCUUGAAACUCUGCAGCGACGAAUUUUAAUAAGCUUCGCCCGAAGUUACGUAUUUCGUUUCACUUUCUUCCAGACGUCUUACGACUAUCGUUUCGGCAUAAACGCGCGUACAAAUCGCCAGAUCUGCCUACGUUUUCCUAAACGUUGUGCGAUCGAUCGUUCACGGGUUACAGAUCGGUGCGUCGGUGAUAAACGUGAACGCAAAACACGCAAAACUUUCCCGAGAAUGAAAAUACUCGUUCCACUAUGCCUAACAUCCGACGAGUGGCGUCGCGACGCCACGGUCUUACAUCCUUCGUUUCGUGCUGUUACAUAAAUUAUAUCGACGCUAUCGUCGCCAUCCCGGCGCUUAUACCCACACACA